UUCUCCGCUUUCUUUUCGGCAGCUGGCGUGAGGUUCUGGAAUUCCAACAUGGCAGUAGAUGUGGUCAGUAUUUCUAUUGUGGUCAGUCUCUCCAGCCCUGACUUGGAAGCAUUCCAGAACAUCACCGACUCGGAGUAGCCCUCAUCCCCCGUUCUCAGCAGCACAGCUGGACGCUGUUGCCGUUCUCCGGCGCAGAACAGUUUGGGAUUCCUGUCCGCUUAAAACACUUUAUUUGCAUGUGGAGCGUGUCCUUCAACUUAACCCACUGGAAAGUCUUUCUCUACGCUUUGGGGAAAUCGCUGAAGUGAACCUUUCACUCAUUUCUGUCUCUCUCAAUCAUCUAGCUGAUGUCAAGCAAUAUGAUCAGCGGUGUAUAUGGCGUGACCAUGCAGUGGAGCCCUGAGCAGUCCCAGUGGGCGGAGCAACACUAUGACAUCACCUCCACCACUCGUUCACCAGGGCGUAAGAUCGAAGCACUUAGGGAUCCAAGGCUAACAGGUUCGACCUCAGCUGCAGCGUAUCAACAUUCGUGGGCAAACGAUGACAUUUCAGCUCUGACCGCUUCUAACCUGCUCAAGAGGUAUGCAGAGAGAUAUUCUGCCAUUCUGGAUCUACCCUGUGAGAGUGGACUUAUGGGAUAUCCAGACACAGCCAUUUCCGUUAGCGUUAGGGGACCUGGUGUUGUGAAUAACGGCCCGCCCCUUCUUAAUGGACGGAAGGUGGAGGCAGAGCCUUGGCUGGAGAGUGUCUACCCUCCGUUAGGUUGCGUCCCUGAGCUUCUUCCCAAAGCACCACUCAGUGUGAUGGAUGUGUCUGUCAGUGCGUGUAACUCACCAGUUAUAGGCAGCGGGAAUCUUCCGGAGCCUUGUUUCUCCAGCAUCAGUUGUAACACUCAGACUGGAAAUCAGGAGUACAGCAGCACUCCCUACAGCACUCCCUUCCUGCAGCCCGUAGGCACUUAUGGUGGCUCCCUUUUCCACCCUACCCCUUCCCAUGCCAGUCUGGUAUCAACCUACAGUGCUAACACCUCACCAAACCUAGCUACAUACAGUUACCCUAACACCCGUUACCCCUCACAGGCCAUUCUUCCUGCUGGCUACAGUCCUCCACCUCCUCCUUCGGCGUACCUAUCUGCAGGUAUAACUCCUCAUAACACUCUUCCAGCUGUAGGAUACUCAUACCCAGCCACCAGUGUCUCUGAAAGUGAUGCCCCAAGUGCUAGCAGCCUUUCAAAAUCAUAUUACCCAUCAACUCAAAGCGAGAUUGGAGUGUUUGAGGAGUUUGACUUUGGUGGCAACUCUAAUUCAGACUCUAGGUCUGAAGGCAGCCCCCUAUACAGACCUUCAGGAGAUGAAGCGGUGGACAAGCAAAAUGGGUUCAACCGAGCGGCUGAUGUAACAACUUCAUCCUUCAAGCCAGCUAAUCAUGGAGACUCUUUAAGAAACUUGGAGACUCUCACGGUAGCCAUGAGUGGACGGAACAAUGGUACAUCUGGACAACACUUCCCAUCUACCUCAACAUCUGUUGUCACUUCUCAUCAACAUCUCUGCCUUGACACAAACACACCUUGAACGGAUGUGCUCACACUCAACCAGAAGUGCUUGAGCUGAUAAAGUGUGAGUGCUCCCCCUGGUGGAUUGGAGGUAGAGGGACUUGCUUAAAGCCAUAGUGUUAGGGUUCGAUGCAAGGGCCUCAAAAUGCAGGUGCAGCAGGGUAAUUCUGCCAAGGAGGUCUCUACAUUAGACAAGAAGGGAUUGGUUUUUCCAUUCUGGAAAGAGGACAAUAAUGUUUAUGCACCUCCAAGCUGAGCUUAAUGUCAUUGUGAGAAACUGACCUCCUCACUUUGAUAGGAAUGGACAGACCAGUAUAUCCUCCACGACGGACACAUCUGAGAGGGAUGCAAAGAGUUUGAUCCUUCAUUCUGAGAGAUAGGAGAGUACAUCAAGGGAAUUUAUAUGUCUAAUGGAUGUGUUGUGGCUGCAUUGGGGACAAGGAGUAACGUAACAGAUGUUGUGGUUGGACACUAGCUUUGGUUGACCAUAUUGCCAUGGUGUACAUUCUGAGUGUGUGUGUUUGUGGCCUUGUAAUGGUUAUUUAUGUGGUGAGCUUUAAUAGUAAAUCCUGUUCCCCUUUUUCCACAGGAGAAUUGAUAAAUCCUGAUUGUUUAAAAAAAUCCAUGUGUGUGAGUGUGAGAGAGAUAGAUAAAUCCUCAGGAAAGUGUCUGUCAGAUAGAUGGCGUAUGCCUGUGUGUCUAAAAGAGAAAAAGAGGGCGUUUUCACAUACCGUUCUUAGGAAAAACCCAAUUCAAUUGACUUGAAACCAGGCGGUCCAAAGCAAAAUGUUUUUUGUCUGUUGAUAAGUUUGUAUGCACUUCUGCUGCAUUUUAAGAGAUGACACAAGAUCAUUCAAUGAAACAUUAUGCAAAAGUCUUUGCAGUUCUUUAAGUUCUUAAAGCUGCUGUGUGUAGUUUUUUUUUUUUUUCAUUUAAUAUGCAGAGAUAACAGUCAGUUAUUUAUAUGUUUACUUUCCAAAAAAUGUAAACACUGCUGUUCCGUGGAACUUUGUUUGAGUGUCCCAACUGAUCAGCACUGGCUUAACAAUUGGUGUGUAUUUGGCGGCAAAACUUUUGUUUGUCCGACCAAUUUCAAGUGAAGGGGAAUGUUUGAAUUAAAAAUCUUUAUUUUUAUAAUUCCAAACAAAAUGACCAACUGCAGCUUUAAAGCUUGCUGUUUGAUUCAAAAUGUAUAGUAGAUAACAGUAAUUAACAGUCGUAGUUCUGUUCUGUCUUUUCCACCAAUUUUUGCUGUUGUCUCAAAAAUGUUGUAGACUAUCUUGAAAAAUAAGCAUACUGAGUGAAACAUUACUGCAGACAUAAAAACAAAUGGAAUUCAGACUAUUCCGGCCACUUCCUGAGACAGUCUUGGCCUGCUUGGCCACCAAAAAUAAAACAUUGCCUUAAGGGCCAAGUGUGAAAAUGCUCAGCGAGAAGGAGAGCACAUGACUUUGCAUGUUUGUCUUUACUAAAGGUUUUGUGCAUUUUUUUAAAUAAUGUCGAGUUUAUUUUAUCCCAAGCACUGGAAAAAGGUUUGGCUGACCUCACUACAAAUCUUUCUGUUUACUUCCUUUCCCUUCUUUGUGAAACCUACCAAAGGGAAUUAAGAUAUUAUACUUAUUUAUGAAAGUCAAUCACCAAAGCAGCAGAGUGGGAGCCAAAUCACAAGGAAAUGUUCAGCCAAAAUCACUCCCCCUGUGUGAAUACUUUUUUGUCUGUUUUAUUUCUGUCCAGUUUCAAUACAGGAGGAUGAACUGGCUUCAUUCCAAGAGACAAAUGUAAAAAAUUCCUUGAGAAGGCUUCUUAAAGAUCCAUCAGGUCAAAAUUGAAUUGUGAAUUGAACCAAGUCGGCUGAACUGAACGGAACAAUCCUCAAUCGUGAUGAUGAAUCACACUCUGCAAUGGAGUCCAUCAUUGUUUCGGUGUUAUUACUGUGUUAUCACAUGCUCAGUCUGUUCAUAACUUUCCUGUUGACAACAAGCUUUAAAACUAAAAUGUAAGAGUUAUUUAAGUUAUUGUAAAUUAUUAAUUGAUUGAUCAUAUUUAGGUUGAAUUGAUUGAUUCAUGAUUAGGACAUAAACACUUUUCCUUACACAACUACACACAUUUAUCAUUGCCUAGAUGAAAGCACAUGCAGUCUUUAACCAUUUGUUUGCUAAAAGUGCCAUUUAUAUUUCUUUAUUUUUAAAGAGAAAUGUUUUCUUCCACAUCAUGUUUUUAUAUUGUGGUCAUUUGAAGGUUUUUGUUUUACUUUUUCCUGUUUUAUUCUCUCUGCAGAUUUUCUGUAGGGUUGUUUUGGUAUAAAGAUUUUAGAAGUAAGGUACUUAGAAGCUUGAUUGCCUUUUUGGUCACAUAGUUUCAAUAGAUAGUUCUAAAUUCAGUAGUCUGUAGCAUUCUAUGCAAAACUCUGUUCCUAAACCUAGUGAGCACACUCUCGACAUGAUGGCUGUUCCAAACGUCAGAAACAUUGUGCAUUCAAAUUUUACUUAAUAUUUUGAGCUAUGUAUUUUUUGUGGUUAUGAAGUUGUGGAAGUUGUUAGCUUGCUAACAUCACUAACUGUGUUAGUCUGUGUUAGUCUCUUUUCAUUCUGACUGAAUGUUUUUGAUGAGUCAUUUGAGGUUUCAUAAUUAUUAGGAUGCUGCCUAUGUAGGCAGCCAGGCAGCUCACUAGGAUUUGGAACAGAGAUAUUUGUCCAUUUUUGACAACUUUCCAACAAAAUAUUCGACUAAUUAGAAAAAUGUUGUAAGAAUCCUUAAAUUAAACCCCUCUUAUUCUGUACAUUUUAUUUAUUCAUUAUUAUUAUUUUUUUUUUUUUAACUAGGGAAAGAGUAUGUCUACAGAAUGUGAUGUAACCAAACUGUAGUAAUGGGUUCUCAAAUAAUCCUUGCAUAGAGCAGAGAUGAGAAUAGGUGACAUGGAAUGAGAGAUGUUGAAAACUAAAUCAUAAGCAUAUCAUAAAGUUUAUUACCACUUUUGCAGCCAUAAACAAAAAACCUUGGCCCUCUGAAAUCCUGUAGUGUUUGCAGUAAUGGUGCACUAAACUCACUGUAGUUUUUCUGUAUACAUUACAACUUUGGACAGCUGUGUUUCUGAGUGCGGUAUUUCUGAGUGCUGGAAUUAGUGUUAAAGAUGCAUUACAACCACACAUGAUGUUUCACUGUGUUAAUACCACUUUUACAUAGUGGUUAGUGACUCCUUUCUGCAUUUGCAUUUGACAGCGUAUGUUCACAAUAUAUAAAAUACAGUUACAUUUAGAACUAAGUUGUGAGUUAUUGCAGUCAAAAAGAGAGCGUGUGUUGCCAUAUUCUCAAUCUACUCUAUUGUGUUUGUUUUCAUGAUUUUGGAGUAUUGUAAACAAUUUGCUAAUUAAAUAUGUUUAUCUUAA